CCAGUUAGUCGCCUUCUAGCCGCUAGCGGGUGUGGACGGAUCGGAGAUUUUUGCGAUUUACCCCUUUUUUUUGGUUUUGUUUUGGCCAGAGUUUUCCACUCCCGGUUCCGAACCUCUCAGUCCCUGCUCCACGUGUGCAUUCGAGGGAGUGUGUGUGUUUGUGUAUGUGUGUCGGAACAAGUGAGUGUGUGGUGUGUCUCCCUGAAAACGACCCUUUGAAUCCGACACGUUUUCCGGUGUGAUUCGCUGCGCUCCACUAUAAACCAUCCUUCACAGCAACCUAUAAUCCGACCACACCAGGUCUUGCAGAAAUACUGCCCCUCCCCACCACCACCAUGAACAUGCUCCAGGACGACAACAUCGACAAUGCAAUCUCCGUGUUUCGGAGCGACAGGCAGUUCAUCGAUAAUUCAAACUCCGGCAUUCCGCCUCGCCCGCCAAGAAACAGCCCCGAAGACGCCAGCCCCGCCAGCGACCGUCAAACCGCAGCACCGAACGCGGGCGUCAAGAUGUACAAUCUGGUGAUCCUCAUCAUCGACAUUGUCGCCAUGUUGGUACGAUGGAUCUAUCACACGCUCGAGUCGUUCUACCGGUUGGUGGUGCCGCCGGCCGCCGACACCGUCCACACCGAUAUCGUGCUGAUUACCGGUGCCGGGCACGGCAUGGGCCGCUGCAUGGCGCUGCAGUACGCGCAGCUCGGCGCCACCGUCGUCUGCGUCGACAUCAACGAGAAGAUGAACGCGGACACGGUCGCCACCAUCCGGCAGCAGCGCGGCAAUGCAUUCGGCUACGUCUGUGACGUCACCAACCGUCAGCAGAUCAUUGAGACGGCGCAGCAGAUACGGCAGGAGGUGGGCACGGUAACGAUACUGGUGAACAAUGCCGGCAUCAUGCCGACCCAUCCGCUGCUCCAGCAGACGGAGCCCGAAAUACGCAAAACGUUCGAGAUCAACGUUAUGGCCCACUUCUGGCUGCUGCAAAGCUACCUUCCCGGCAUGCUCGAGAAGAACCGAGGCUACAUCGUCGCCAUGUCUUCCGUCGCCGGGCUCUGCGGCCUGAACAACCUCGUGCCGUACUGUGGCAGCAAGUUUGCGGUGCGCGGCAUCAUGGAGGCGCUGGCCGAGGAGCUGCGGCAGGACGCGCGCAAACCGAACAUCAAGUUCACCACCGUCUACCCGUACAUGGUCGAUACGGGGCUGUGCAAGCGGCCGCACAUGCGCUUCCCCAACCUGAUGCGGCUGGUGAAACCGGAGGAGGCGGCCGCCGCCAUCAUCGAUGGGCAGCGGCGCGGCCUGGUCGAUGUGUCCAUCCCGAAGUACCUGCUGUACCUGAACACCAUCAUCCGUGUGUUCCCGAUCAAGGUCGGCACGUUGCUGCGCGAUUUUCUGGACAGUGGCGUCGAGUCGGAUCUCUAAUGCGCGGGACGAUGUCGUCGCUUUUUGUUGUUUUUUUUUUUGUAUUUUUCUAAAUCUUCUAAAGCAAAAAAAUAUAUACAUCCCGAACAACACUGACGGACCAACCAAUCAGCCACCGAUGGGCUCCCCACACAAGGGGGCUACUGUAGUUAAGUGAGACAUGGCGCAGACGCUAGCGAAAGGUUUAAUGUACAUGUAUAUAUAUAUCUGGUCACCUACACCUCCAACACCCCUUUAAAACACGUACCCACGUUAGCAUUAGUUAUAUUGGCAGGGAUGGGGGAGAAGGAUUAAUCAAUAAAUUGAAAAAGGUGUUUUUAAACGAAGUAA